GCGGCGGCGGCAGCUUGCACAGCCAUGGCCAAGAUUAAGGCUCGAGACCUUCGGGGCAAGAAGAAGGAGGAGCUGCUGAAACAACUGGAGGACCUGAAGGUGGAGCUGUCCCAACUGCGCGUCGCGAAAGUGACAGGCGGGGCGGCUUCCAAACUCUCCAAGAUCCGAGUUGUUCGCAAAUCCAUUGCCCGCGUUCUCACCGUCAUCAACCAGACCCAGAAAGAGAACCUCAGGAAAUUCUAUAAGGGCAAGAAGUACAAGCCUCUGGAUCUACGGCCCAAGAAAACACGUGCCAUGCGCCGCCGGCUCAACAAGCACGAGGAGAACCUGAAGACCAAGAAGCAGCAGCGGAAGGAGCGGUUGUACCCACUCCGGAAGUUCGCCGUCAAGGCCUGAGCAUCCAGGGAGCAAUAAAAGAAACAAACUGGCUGA